AUGACUUCCCCCCUCCGCCCUUCCGACUACGCCAGGUCAACACCGAGAUCUAGUCCGUCUCGAUCACGCCUCGCUGAGUUCCAUAGGAGCGGAUCACGUGUCAAUGGGUUGAGUCGGACAGAGAGUGUGGGAAGCCCUGGGCUGGUGGAUAGUCCUUCGCGGCAAUUGUUAGAGGACUUCUCGAAGAUAGUCUUGGAGGAUGAUCUGAAGUUCAAGCGGUCACUCGACCAGCAAACAGCAGAGCAGGAAAAGCUUCAUAGACAGGCUCUCGAUGAUGCUCUGGCGCAACAUGAGGCAGUCCGGCAAUCGGCCGAGAGGGCUCGGCUGAGGGUAGAGCUGGAGAUUGUGCGUGCGAGGAAGAAGAGGGAGGAGGAUGAGAGACAGGCAGUGGAGGAGCAGAGGAGGAAGCUCGCACAGGAGGAUGCGGAGAGGGAGAGGGAGCGAUUGGUGGAUGUAAGGAGGCAGGAGGAGGAUGAGAGACAGAAGGCUACACUUCAGCGGCAGAGAGAUGAGAGUGAGCGGCAAGCAGAGACGCAGCGUCAGAGUCUAGAAGCCGAGAGGGCUGGAAGAGAAAGAAAGGCGGCACAAGAUAAGGCAGAAGCUGAUAGGAAGGCGAGAGAAGAUGCUGCUGCGGUACGACAAAGACAGCAGCAAGCUCAGCAACCUGCACCAACACCACAACCACCCGCGGCACAGCCAGCACAACCACAGACGAACGAUACACAUCCUACAGUCCGACCAACAGCGCCUGCUGCGGCACAGUCUACUUCUUCUCCCCUAGUGUCCAGCGUCGAGCAGCGCAAAGUACAGCACAAGCUAUACAUGGACCUCUGGCGCAGACUGAAGAAGUUCCGCAUGACAACCGAGAAGCAAUGCAAAGACGCUGGCUUCAAAGAUCUGGGCGAGAUGAGACGCGAGAUCCGGAAACAGAUCGGCUUCUGCAGCAAGGAAGACCGCGAAGCCAACCGAAACUACCUCGCCAAGAUCGAAGCCGUCCUCAAACGCGCCAUGACCAUCACGGAACCCAGCGUCGACAUUCGCGAAUUCCUCAUCUCAGUCCCGCAAGCAGAACUCGCCAACGCCACCGACACAAAAUACCCCGCCAUCCUCCUCUACCUCCUCAACCACUUCGGCAAAAGCGUCAUCCGCGCCCUCAUCGAAGGCACAGGCGAGAACGUCGAGCACGCCGACCCCCUCGGCAUCAUGCUGAUCCAAAUCUUCGCCCGCCCGGACUACCAAUGGAACGGCCACUCCCUCAUCGACCCUCUCUGGGCGAAAUACCACCGCCUAUGCCCGCAGCUCUUCGGCAUCCCAGCCCAAGAAGGGCGCGACGAAGGCUAUUUCCGCCAAGUCACGGGCCUCGCAGCUGGCUUCUCAGCCUUCACCCUCCGCGAUUUCAGCCGGAGCAAGAACAAGAAUCCCGCUCCGAAUACCAUGUGGUGGGAAGCCAUGGCUCGCACGCUCAACCUCCCCGCCGGCCAAACGCAACUGACGCACUACGUGAUGCUGAAAGCGAUGAUAGAAGAAUACGUCCCACGCAUCAUCACGAUCUUCGGCGGCGCAGGCAAAGCACUCCUCAAAAACGCCGUGCGCAAUUUUCCUCCAAAGGGUCCCAAGACCCAGCCUAAACGACCAGGUGAUGAGGCGAGGAUGAUGCCACAUGUGAUGGCGUUGGAGACGCUGCAGUAUACCCUCCAGACCAAGUACAACAUCACGCUAUAG